AUGGAAAAUAGCAUUUUAUUAGAUAAAUUGUCUGAUAAGGAUAAAGAAGAAGUUUUAAAUAAGUUAUCUGAAUUAGAGAUUCAAGAUUCUAUGAAUACAUAUAAUGGCUUGGUACAACGUUGUUUCAAUGAAUGUAUAACAAUACUUAGAAGUAAAAACCUUGAUAAUAAUGAGAAGACAUGUGUUAACUCUUGUGUUGCUAAGUUUAUGAAUUUCUCUCGACGGAUAGGUCUGCGUUUUGCAGAGAAGAGUCAAUCUACGUAA